GCAUUUUGCAGGAUUUUGACGUGGGGCGUGUGCGGAGGGAUUACUUAGGUGGCGGCUUGGAUUUAUAUGGGCGUUUCAACCAGACUAGGAACAUUCGCAUUCAAUUUUUGGCUCGGUUUUUUGAUCAUUUUUGCACCGAGGAAGGUGUUCAUGGAGAGUGUGGUGGAUCGAUAUAGGCAGAUGGCAAUCGGGGAAGAUGAGGCUGAGAUUAAUCUUGACGAAGGAGAGCUCGACGGCGUUCUGGCGGAGGAGGUAGCAGCGGGUUUUCCGGUCAUAGGCCAGAUUCUGACUGACCGCAAGGUUCGGCUCUCGGAGAUGAAGGAGCAGAUUGUGGCGCUUUGGAGGCCAGGAAAAGGUAUGUCAGUUAAAGAAAUCGGGGACAAGAGGUACCUUUUUUUCUUUAACCAUCGUUUUGACAUGAAACGUGUUCUGGAGAGUGGUCCAUGGCAGUACGCACGUAGUUUGAUUUUGCUUAAAGAAGUUAUGUCCGAUGAUAUACCACACAAGAUUGUCUUGAAUGAAGCUGAAUUCUGGGUCCAGGUUUAUAAUGUUCCUUAUAGUUUGGUCAAUCUGGGCACGACUAGACGCAUUGGGAGUUUUUUAGGUGAGUUUGUUAAAUAUGACGAUUAUCAGGAAAAAGAAAAAUUAGAUCCAUAGAUGCGUGUUAGAGUCCUUAUGAAGAUGGAUAGGUCACUGAAGAAGGGGACAAAUUUGAAAAAAGAUGGUCAAAGUUUUUGGGUAGAUUUUAAAUAUGAAAGGCUACCCACCUUUUGCUUUAUUUGUGGAUUUGUUGGUCACUCAGAUAAUUUUUGUCCCUUGAAUUAUGAAGAAGGAUUGGUUUUGGAAAAGAGGUUUGGAUCCCAUCUCAGAGCAGGUAGUGGGGUGAAGACUUGCCCAACAGGAGGGCAGAUCAGAUUCUAGGAGGGUUCAUCGAGCUCUAACAAAUCGUGGUGGCGGUACAGGGGCACCCAGAUCAGAAGGCCAGAUAAUGGGAAAGGAGAAAGGGGCAAGGACAGAAUCUGCACAGAGCAUCACAAAAGGUGGGGAGGAGCCAAAGGAAGAGGUCUCCAAAAGAAGGAAGAUCUGAGAGACUCAGACAGAGAAAGAGCUGGAGAAGGCCGCCGAAUACGCUGAUUGAAGGUGUGAGGCCAAGUGCUGGAUGUAUGGUUCUCGUGGUCUGGCAGCAGAAAGGGUGCUUUUUAUUUUGUUUUAUUAUCUGUUUUUUUAAUUCUCAUUGGUACCUUUGUUUUGUUUCUGGUUUCAUGUUCGGGUUUGUAAGACGUUGAUUUCGGAAGUGGGGGAUGUGAGGAAUUUGGUAACCGAUUUACGCUUUCUUUUUCCCGGUUAUAGAUCAGCGAAUUAUAUUGCUACGGCGAUUAAUUCCGAGUCUGGUUCGAGAGAUGACGAUUAUCAGUUUUCUUUUAGUCCAUUGACUCAUACUCUGAAUUGCUAUUGGUUAUUUAUCUAAGCC